CAGCAUGGUCUUGCGCGUCCUGCCACCACAACACAGCGAACAGAGGAGGAGCUGAAAGAGGAGCAGCGCCAAAUUCAGGAAUACAGAGACUUGGACGAUCUGAUUAAAACAAAGAUUGCAGAGCGCCAGUACACUGUCGAAGUUCUCCAGCUCACCUCCAAACUCCUCAAGAAGAACCCCGAAUACUACACGAUAUGGAACGUCCGCAGACGUUUGCUAAUACAUGGCUUCUUCUCCAAACCUUCGGAUUCAUCAUUGCCCUCGAAGGAGUUGUCGAGUAUUUCUACAACCGCCACUACCAAGGCGUCUUCCACCGAUUCAUCCUCCUCGCCUUCCAAUACCACAGCGGCCGCGACGACGAUCCCACACGACCCCGCAUCCCAGAAUCAUGGGAAGAAUGGUACAACUCUUGAUUUGAUAAGGGCAGACUUGGAAUUUCUCUUCCCCAUCAUGAUCUCGUAUCCAAAAUGCUACUGGGUCUGGAAUUAUCGUCUGUGGCUUCUGCAGCAGGCAAACGAGCGGCUGGAGCCUGACAUCGCACGCGAAUUGUGGAAUGAGGAGCUGAAGCUAGUAAGCAAGAUGCUGGUGAAAGACUCCCGCAACUUUCAUGGAUGGGGAUAUAGGAGUAAGGUCGUUUCGGAACUGGAGAAUGCUGCACUGCAUGGCAAAAGUAUGACGGAAGCGGAAUUCGAAUACACCACAAAGAUGAUCACGAGUCCCAAAGGUCUUUCCAACUUUUCGGCAUUCCACCGCCGCGGUAAAUUAAUUCCGAAACUUUUGGAUGAAAGAGGCGCAGAUGAUCAGGCAAGACGGCUGUUCUUGGAAGAAGAAUUCGACAUGAUAUUCUCCGCCAUGUACACUGAUUCCCAUCCUUACGCCCAGUCUGCAUGGUUCUACUACCAAUCCCUAAUGACAACAUUGACGGACCCAGUCGGCCAUGCAACCAUAACACCCAAUUUAACAGCUGAAGAACGCGUCGCGUUCGUCAUACGGCAACUGGCAGACCUGAAGGAAAUGCUCGAUGGUGCAGAAGAUAACAAGUGGAUCUACAAUGCCUUGAUCGAGUAUACUUUGGAUCUGAGUCAGAUGGGAGAGCGCCAACCUCGACCUGAUGAGAAGCAGGACUGCAUGUUAUGGUUGGCAGAGCUUAGGAAGUUGGAUCCUUUGCGCAAUGGCAGGUGGGAUGACCUAGAGUUAUUUUUGGAGGGUCCGCAUCCACCUCUUGGCUUGGUCCCCGAGAUACAUAAUCCCUAUUUAUAA